ACAAUCUCACCUCCGUUACUGAUAUGCUCCAAAGCAUAUUCCCAGCUACAGACCCCAAGAAAGACGUCUUCUUUGGCGUCCUUCCCUUCUAUCACAUUUAUGGUGCUGUCAAGCUUCUCCUCUUCCCGUUCUCCCUGGGAUUACCGGUGGUCCUUACCCCAAGAUUCGCACCUACUGCGUUCUGCGCUGCUGUUGAGCGUUACAAGGUCACUAUUGCACUUAUAGUGCCGCCUUUGCUAGUGGUUUUCGCGAGGGACCCAGCCAUCAAACAACACGACCUUCGCAGCCUCACCAUGCUUUUCUCAGGCGCAGCUCCCUUGGGUGCCAAGCUCGUCAAAACUGUCAGAGAAAGGUUCCUGACCGUAGGUGCUGACGUGUGCAUCACGCAAGGAUACGGUCUGACAGAGACAUCGCCGACGACUCAUUUGCUUCACCCGAAAUAUAGCGAGUCGCAUGUGGGCUCGGUUGGGCAUCUGUGUCCGAAUCUUGAAGCGAGGUUGGUGGAUGAAGAGGGAGAGGUGCUGAGAGAUGUUAACCCCGGGGAAUCCGGUGAGCUGUGGGUCAGAGGCCCGACCAUCAUGAAGGGCUACCUCAACAACCCCAGUGCCACCAAGGCAUCCGUCACACCUGAAGGAUGGUUCAAGACCGGCGACAUCGCCGUACGCGACAAGGACGGCUUCUACACCAUCGUCGACAGGCGAAAAGAGCUGAUCAAGUACAAAGGAUUCCAAGUUCCGCCAGCCGAGUUGGAGAGUCUGUUGUUGCAGCAUCCUGAUGUUGCUGAUGCAGCUGUGAUAGGAGUUGAGAGUAAAGAGGAGGCGACGGAGUUGCCGAGGGCAUACGUCGUGCAUGCAAAUCCCUCCGUUGUGAGCACCCCAAGCGCCUGUAUGGCUUUCGAGGCGAGCGUACAGGCGUGGGUUGCGGAGCGCGUGGCGCGGCAUAAGAAGUUGAGGGGAGGUGUGGUGGUGAUUCCGCUGGUGCCGAAGAGUGCGGCUGGCAAGAUUCUUCGACGUGAGCUGAGAGAACGCGCUAAGAAGGAGGAAGCGACGGGUCAGGUGAAGGCUAAAUUGUAAACUGUGUAUGGUAGAUAGCGUCAAUGUCUGGAUGUGUGUGCGAGGGGGUGAUGCAUUGACAUGGUGGUGGGGCUGGAUUGACUUUGGGGAUUGUUGGGCGUUGGUGGGAGAAGGGUUGGACGAAGGGGUCUAACUGUGUUCUUAUCUUCUGGCGCUAUCAUUUAAAAUACAUGUUUAUGGAUGAAACAAACAACAUGCCGUAGCUGGUCUAUUGAAUACCGCUCUGUUCACUGACUUCACAUGAUAUCCUUCUAGUUACUUGACAGAAUUACACCCCUCAGUCAAGAAUGGGGUACUUGUCCAUCUCUUCAACGACGCCGGCCCAGCGUCCGCCAUGCCAAGAGCUCAUUGCCUCCCACCGGUCCUUAUCAAACGCAACACUGAAGCACUUGAUCCACGCCCCUACGAUCAUAUCUGCAUAGGAGAACGUAUCCCCCAUUAUCCACUUCCCACCGCUCUUCGAAUACCACCCAUCAACCACGCCAAGAAAGCUCUUCGCAUCCUCCCAGUCCCGUUCGCGCUGCGGCCCCUCGGGCGAAACCUCCCUCGUCCCAAACCUCUUCUCGGCAUGCCUCCAAAAGUACUCGUCGCUCUUCGGCACUUGCGCGGCGAGGAGCAAGAACAUGGGGCGCAUGCGCUGCAUGAAGGCGGCGUCGAAGACGCCGAUGAGGGCCGCGGCGCCGCGGGGGAAGACGCGCGGCGUGGACGGGUAGGUGUGGUCGAGGUAGGCGGCGAUGGCGAAGGAGUCGGAAGUGACGGCGCCUGUGGAGGGGUCCUGGAUGGUGGGCACGGUGUACAGAGGACCGCUGCCGUCGGGUUUGAGCCCGGUGGGUUG